GGGAGCCCAGAGAGCCUCCUCGUCCCUUCCCCAUGUGACGACAUGGAGUGAGGAUGACACCUGUGAAUCAGGAAGGGGGUCUCACCAGACACGGGAUCUGCCAGCACCUUCACCUGAGACUUGCAGCCCCCAGGACUGUGAGAAAGAAAUGUCUGCUGUUUAGCCCCAGACUGUGGUGUUCUGUUACAGCAGCCCGAGCUAAGACACUACGAUGGUUUCUCUUGCCGUCACUUCUGAAGGAUGUUUCAUCGUACACAGAUUUCCUGGUUCACGGUCAUUUCUUUCCCAGCACUUCAGUGAUACCGCGUCAAUUGUCAGUAUUUUCCUUACUCCUUCCAAGGUCAUUUGUCUUUCUUUCUGGCUACACUGAAGAUUUGUAUCCUGUCCUUUACACGGUGGUCAAUCUGCUGCCAGAGAGUCAUGGUUGGGGAUCCAGAGGAGCAGGUGGGAAGUUGGCCCUCGGAUGCACCACCGCCGUCUGUAACCCGCAGAGAGGCUGGCUGGGUCUGGCCUUGGCUUCGCCUGGCUUGACUCUAGACUUGAUUUGCUCUGUGGCUUGUGGCCAAACCUGGCUCUCCAGCCUGGCUUCUUGCUGGUGUAGGUCUCCGCUCUCCCCAGACGAGCUCUGCCAUUUCCCCCAGUUUUUGAACCUCACAACCUUCUCAGGAUUGCUCAGACCCUGGGGCCACCGCUGUUGUAGGACAGACUUACAUCCGCUCCUGUCUCAGUCUAAAUGGAACCUUGUCUGGGUUUUCUGAACUCACCUCCGAGGACACAUGACAAGACAGGAGGAACAGAAACCGUCGGACUAUGAGCCGGAGGUCGGACACGGCAAUAAUAUUCAUAAAUCAGUCAGCAUCAUCGUGACUACCGUUGGUGAUGGUCAUGUAAUCGGGACCCCUCUGAGCCAGGCUCCGUGUGAGGGGGUCUGUGUGCACCCUCCCUACAAAACGGGUGUUAAUCCGUUUGAAGAUGUCAAGUGUGGGGAUUUGAGAAGAAAAGGAGAUCAUCUAAGAACCCAUGUGUAGAAAACAAGGGAAUGGGAAGCUGAACCCCGGUGUGCUUCUUGAUUCUUGGUCCUGACCUUUAUGUUUAAAACUAAACAGAGUCAUAAAUCAAUAGUGAUUGAAAAAUAACAGCAUAACAAUUCCAUAACCAUGUCUGAUCAUAAGCUCCAACCAAUAGAGAAUCUGUUUCGAGGUGAGAGAUUGUAACCACAAGUGAAGAGGUGGAAGGAGGGGAUGAAAAACCAGGUAGAUUACCAAAAUAAACAAGUGAUAUGUCA